UGGAUAUUAGUUAUUGGAGGUCCUUAAGCUGGAAGGUGUUGGACAUUGUCCUGAAGAUGCAAUAAUGCCUAGAGACAUGUUUCUCUUGCAACUAUGGAGCGGAAUGGAUGAGAAUGCUGUUGGCACCUGUGCUGAACUUAUAUUUGCUCCUAUCGAUGCCUCUUUUGCUGAUGAUGCACCUCUUUUGCCUUCUGGUUUUCGCAUCAUUCCUCUCGAUUCUGGCAAGGAAGCUUCCAGUCCAAAUCGUACCCUUGACCUUGCUUCUGCUCUCGAGAUUGGACCGGCUGGAAAUAAAGCAUCUAAUGAUUAUACUUCUAAUGGUGGCAGUACAAGAUCUGUGAUGACAAUAGCAUUUGAAUUUGCAUUUGAAGGCAAAGAAGAAAAUGGUUGAAUUAGUACAUAAAAUCAUCGAAGCGAAAAGGAAGAACAGAGGCAGAUCAGAAGUUGCAAAAGAUGUAGCUGAUGUUUUGCUGAAUGAUGCAAGUGAAGAGCUAAAUGAUUAUCUAAUUUUAGAUGUUUUUAAUAUUAUAAGCCAUAUUAGUGUGCUUUUUAUUCCUUUUUAAUUUUUUUGGGCAAAUUACACUUCUUGACCAUUUUGAUUUUAAUUGAUGUAUUUAAAGUCUAAAUUGUUGCUAUUCUUAGGUAUGCAAUGUAUUGUUUUUUAUUUUUAA